UCUCCCAAGAGAGAGACCCAAAAAACCGAAGAAUGAUGGCACCAUAUAAAGUAGGGAUACCAAUGGGCUCCUGCACAGAGAUUUACUUUGAAUACCGAUGUUCAUUCUCCUGGUCUCCUCCUCCACACAACAAUAGUUGGAUUUAGAGAUGGGCUCGUGCACAGAAAUGCCUAAGGAGAGAGAUUGCGGACUCCAAAAGCCUGCGUUCUUCAAAGUCUUGAUGCCUGGUUUUGAGAAGAAGCUGUGCAUUCCACCUGCAUUUGUUAAGUAUAUCAUCAAUCUUAGAGGCAAAAGAGCUACGCUAGUUAGUCCCCUUCGCAAUUCGUGGAGUGUGAACAUUCAUGGCUACAAGAAAAAUAUGUGGUUCCAAGAAGGAUGGGCAGAAAUUGCACAAGCCCAUGAUUUAAAGCUGGGGUACUUCAUGGUGUUCAGAUAUGAAGAUGAUAGUACUUUCAGCUUCCAGGUUUUCGAUACAAGUGCGUGCCGGAAAGAUUAUAGUCCUGUUGGCGUGCAGAGUGCGCAUAUGGACAUUAGACAACAUCUCAACUCCGAGAAUGCUUCCAAAGGUGAAGCAGAUACAAGUCACGGGCCAAUGAUGCAAGCUAAUAGAAAACAGAUCGGAAUGAUGGAUGAAAGAAGAUCAUUACCAGAAAGAAUAUGCAGCUCUUGCAGUGGAAGAAAAUUCUUUGUGGCCAUCAUAAAUAAUUGCAACCUUACCAGGAAUUACAUGCGUAUUCCAGCCUCAUUCAAAGAAUCCAUUGACAUGAUGACAAAGGACAAAGUGAUUCUGAAAGAUGAGGAAGGGCGAUCAUGGCAUGUAAGUGUUUGCGAUAGAGGCAGAAAAGGUGCUUUCUUGGCUAAAGGAUGGCAUCACUUUUGUGUUGGCAAUAGAUUGGAAGAAGGUAACAAAUGCAUCUUUGAGCUUGCAUCCAACAACAAGGACAACAUAAUGCUUGUUUGGAUAUUUAAAGAUUCUUGCAACAGGCUCAAUAGGGAGAAAUCUUUUGAGGUCAUUGUAAAAGAUUUUAACCUUACUAAGCCUUAUAUGGGUAUUCCAGCCUCAUUCAGAGCAUCCAAUGACAUAGAAACAAGGCAUCAAGUGCUUCUGAAGGAUGUGGAAGGGCGGUCAUGGCAUGUAAGAAUUUGCAACAAAGGCAAAAGGGGUGUUCACUUGGCGCAAGGAUGGCAAGAAUUUUGUGCUGAUAAUAGAUUGGAGAAAGGCGAUAAGUGCAUCUUUGAGCUUGUGUCCAUGGAGGACAGCACACUGCUUGUUCGGAUAUUCAAACAGUUCUGUAGCAUGACACAGAGUUGCAGCCGCUGCAUGAAUCAGGAGGAACAUUCUUAUUCGGAUCAUCUUGAUGCAACAAGGUUUCAUUUUCUCAAGAUUAUGGAUAGUGAUUUCUCUCAACAGAUGAUUAUUCCAAAGAAAUAUGUCAAAUCAAGUACUUUGAAGAGAAAAACCAGAGAUGACAACCUCUCCAGUAAUAAAAUGAAUGAAAAUGAACAAAUUGUCAGGUCUGCAAAAGUUGCAAAGCAUUCUGUUGAGCAGGAAUUACCAGCAACUUCAAGAAGGAGACUAGUGACUGAGAAAGUAGUGUCUUAUCUUGGGAGAGCAAUUAUGGAGGAUUCCUUGAAAUUUUCCCUGAGACCUUCCCUUUUGAAGGGUGCGAUUCUGGUUCUUCAAAAAGACUGCAUGAUGAGCAACUGUUGCCACAUCUAUUGGCAACUCACAAGUCCCUGCAAGUCAAUGUGAAGAUUGCUGACAACACUUUAAGCAUCAAAUCAGCUCAUUCCAAGAUAAGAAAUAAAGAACAAACCAUCAGGUGCAGAAAAGUCAGGAACCAUUGUGCUAAGCAAGAAUUACAACUCACUUCAGCAAUGAGACUGGUGACUGAGGAAAAGAAAGCUCGAGCAUGGC